UGACAACAGAUUUAGUGCUGGCAUUAACGACGCCAGUUGGAUCAUUGGAAUAUGUGCUAUGUGGGUCCCGAGGUGAAUCACAUAAAACAGAGCAGGGGUGGAGACUGUGAUAUUUUUAGUCACUAUGCGACGUCAUACGCAGCUUCUUACAAACAGCAUUUGAAAAAUUUCACUUCUUCAACUUGUUCAUAUUAUGGUUCUGGGUUUGUAUCCAAUACGAGACCAGUACUACAUUACACCAGUUUCCUUGACGAGAAGGAUAAUCCUGCCAUCAAAGCUGUAUUAGACUAUAACUAUCUGACUACAACUCACAAGGACUUUACACCAUUUGCAACACCCUCUGGAAAGGAGCUUCUUCCUUGCCUUAAACGUCCAUCAAAUAAAAAAAUCAGGAAGAGAACUUUUUCUCGGCAGAAGGUAUGCUUAACUACCAGAAAUUGAAUGAUAUUCUUACUCCUGUAAUGCCAAAAGUUAAACCAUUGCUCCAUAGUGAAAAAGGUCUCUGGGAUGUUGAAGAUGAGAAUUUUGGCCAUGGCCCUGGGUGUUAUUCAACAACCUACUCAACACAUUACUGUAAUGCGAAGUCUAGGUCGAAUGACCCAGCUAUAACAAGUGUCGGCCGUAAAGAGGAAUCUGGUUCUACCCGUAAUAUAAACAAUUUUGAUGCUGUCAAUAACCGUUUCGUUCAUUCAUAUGUAACGGUUGAACCACGCUGGAAAACUGAUCGAAAUACUGGGCAAACUGUCUAUAUGGAUGACUUUAGACCUUACUUGUAUAAAAACGGCUCUGAAGCUCUACCACGUUGGAUGGGUAAUUUGUCAUGCCAGAAACCGAACAGCUAUGUACUUCAGAAUAAACUUUGGCCUGAAUAUAAAACUAUUCAUCCAAGAAAUGUAUAUGAUCAGGCCAAGGACAUGUCUGAAGAACGUUUAGAAAAACUGAGAAAAGAAGACCCCGCUGAAUAUCAGAAUGCUGUUUCUGCAUUUAUAGAACCAAGUAUGUCAAAAGGUGUUCAUAAUGGUUUACAAGAACAGCCUAAAUCGCUGGCUGAACGAUUGGGUAGCGUAACUGUUGGUAAAGUUGAACCAAGUGGCUCCGCUCUUAAUCUUUCUGGAAAUAUACAAACACGAGAUAUGCCACCGGAUCGUUUUAUAACGCAUAAUAUGACUCAAUAUUAUGCCCCACCACCAGGUCAAGACGCUGGUGAUCGUGAAGGUCAUAUUCAUUUUAACACACAACCUUCAAAGAAACACAGAUUUCUAGAUCAGCCAAAUUAUCUUAUUUUGAAGCCCAAGAACCAUCAACUGAUAAAUUACAUGCUUUUACGCCUUAUCAAUCAAAAAGUAUUCAGGCAAGGGAUACGCUCCCUAUUCCACCUACAAAAAGCAUCAUCUGAUCUGUCAUCUUGUUCCUAUCCAACAGCUUGAAAAUUUCCGUUAAUUUUCAACAAUGGUUUUGAAACACUUUAUAACUUUAGAUAAUGUUGUUAAGUUACUUACUAUUAGGUAGUAGCAUGAUUUUAUUUUUGGACUUUAUUCAUGAAAUAAAAUCUAUGGAUUACUC